UGACGCCUGUUCUGAAAUUCAGAAUCGGUCUGUGCGGAGAGGAUGAGCACAGUCUCCGUCAGUGCUGAGAAUGCGUGCAAUGGCUAUGGCCGAAGGGCUCACACCGUCUAUGAACUCUGACACGAUGCCUUCCCAGCAGCAUGAGUCAGGCAGUGCAGCUACGAUCUCGCCCAUUACCCAAACGACUCACCGCGUGUCAUCGGAGUCGUCGCGUGAUGGUGCUGUCAUGCAGCAGCAGUGUCCGCCUGCCGCGUCAUCUGAGUACGUCCUGAACCGAAUCAUCCGGGAUAUUGAGGCUGGUGUGCGUACACUGGAGUCCGAUUAUGUGAAUGUCGGAGGUGAGGCUGUUUCAUUGCACACAAGCCCCUCGCACACACCUUCCCCAUUGCACACUCCCGGCGGUGUACCCGCGGCCACUCCGUCCCCUGUCGUCAGGGAGUCCGGAACGCAUGACACAGCACCGAGGUCUCGAUCUUCUCCAAGCCCACCUGCGGCCAUCCCGUCCCCGAUCAACGGCAAUGUGUCAUCUCACACACCGCCUUCCGUAUCAGUCCCGUCAGGGACAUGUGCGGGCGGGCUGUCCCAGAACACGCGUCGAACGCCGUCUUCGGGGGAGAAGAGCACGGACCGGUGGGGGGAGACCGAAACUGAGUGGUUGUGCCAGUUCCGUAACGAAGUGAAGGAGUUGAUGGGCCAAGAGACUGAGGCGUACGGGCGUGUGAGGCUGAAAGCUGGUUUUUGGAAGAUAGUGGAAGAGCGCAUGCGUGCGAAGGGUUACAACCGUGACCACGAGCAGUGCAAGAACAAGUUCAACCAGAUCCUCGACUACUACAGGAGGUUGAGGGCGCACGAGGGUUGGAAUAUGAACCAAACGAGGCGGAAGAAGUACAACGUGGACUUCGUACUUCAUCGCAGUUGGUACGACAUCAUACACCCGGUGGAGAAGGAUAAGGACUCUAUUAACCUGACGAAUCUGAUGGAUUCCGGGGCGGACGACGAGCGUGUUGAAAACGGAGAGGGGGUCAGCGACAGGGACGGGGCCAUGGAAGGUGGGAGCGAAGACAACGGAUCCAGGUAUGGCGGUUCGCCCGGAGGCUCACAGUCGAUAGGUUUCGAGCCGACGCUCGGCAAACGAAAAAGAGGUGCCGCCAAUGCACGCGAAUCCAGUGUGUAGGUUGUGACAGUUGCUAUGCGUGCUCACACGACUGC